GAAGUCUUGCACCUCUUGUCAUCAAGAUCCUCUACACCAACAACAACAAUCAGAAGCUCAGCAACGCUCACGCUCAUCUUCCACCACUACUCACCAACUUCAAUACCACACGAGUCAAGGAUUCCAACAAAUUCGGAAUACCGAUCCGCGCCGUUGCCAAACUACCCAAGCAACUUCCAUCAUCAAACACCACAACAACAAACAUCAACACAUACCUCUACUUCCACACUACCUAUUCAAACAUGUCUGCUCCUGUUGCGAAGGCCUCCACUUGCUGCGGCAAGAGCGCUGAGUGCAUCUGUGCCAAGCAAGCCACUUGCUCUUGCGGCAAGCAGUCUGCUCUGCACUGCACCUGCGACAAGGCCAACUCGGAGAACGCUGUCGAGGGUCCUCGCUGCUCAUGCCGUGCUCGCCCUGCCGGACAGUGCACCUGUGAUCGUGCCUCGACCGAGAACCAGAAGCCCACGGGUAACGCCUGUGCUUGCGGCACUCGUCCUGCUGACGCAUGCACUUGCGAAAAGGCUGCCGAUGGAGGCUUCAAGCCGACGGACCUCGAGACCGACUUCACCACCAAGAACUAAACUUCGACGAGAGCGUGAACUACUGGGGACGUUGUGAUCCUGAGGUGAUAGAGAGAGAUCGGCAGCUCAGCGCAAACUUUUCGUUUCUUUUCGACUAUCUUUAAAACCAUGAUAACAGCACCAUCCAUAUCG